CACGUCACAAGCGCCUUCGUUACAGGGUGAAGAUACAGGCAAUGUCACACAGCCCUCCUCAUCAUCACGACUAAAAAUUCACCGUAUCUUAUACACAAUUAUUUCUGGGAAAAAUAACUGAAUCGCACUGACUGCCGUGUAGAGCUCUAUGCUCUGGUAGGUGCUGUCCAAGGUCCUGAACUUCUUCAGCCCUGCUUCACUCUACUACAUGCUAACAGGCAGCUCCUGACACCCAGUUCCAGCACUCUUUACACCAACGCACAACUUUGAACCAUGGAGGAGGGUUACAGAGACCGUUCGGCCUUCAUUAAAGGUGCUAAGGACAUUGCCAAAGAGGUUAAAAGGCAAGCAGGUAAAAAGGUGGGCCGCCACGUGGACAGGAUGUCCGACGAGUACACCAAACGCUCUUACACCCGCUUUGAAGAGGAAGACGAUGAUGAUGAUUACCCCGUCCAGGCCCAGGACGGCAGCUACUACCGCAGCAACAGCAGGGCCAACGACGACGAAGGGGCUCACAGCGACUCCACAGAAGGCCACGAUGAAGAUGAUGAGAUCUACGAGGGCGAGUACCAGGGUAUACCCAGAAACGACUCCGUUGAGAAGGCCGACAGACAGGUGGGCGGAGUGGGACAGUCUCAGUUCCGGGAUAUGACGCAGUACGAGGGGGAGAGGAGGAAGGACCAGGAGGAGCUCGCCCAGCAGUACGAGACCAUCCUCCAGGAGUGUGGCCACGGUCGCUUCCAGUGGACCCUGUACUUUGUGCUGGGUCUGGCACUCAUGGCUGACGGCGUGGAGAUUUUCGUGGUGGGCUUCGUACUGCCCAGUGCUGAGAAAGACAUGUGCUUGUCUGAGCCCAACAAAGGGAUGCUGGGUCUAAUUGUGUAUCUGGGUAUGAUGGUGGGUGCCUUUGUGUGGGGAGGUCUGGCUGACAGAAUCGGCCGCAGACAGACUCUUCUUAUCUCUCUCUCCAUCAACAGUGUCUUUGCUUUCUUCUCCUCCUUUGUCCAAGGAUACAGCUCUUUCCUGUUCUGUCGUCUGCUCUCUGGUGUGGGGAUCGGUGGCUCUAUUCCCAUUGUGUUCUCGUAUUACUCUGAGUUUCUGGCUCAGGAGAAGCGUGGUGAGCAUUUGAGCUGGCUCUGCAUGUUCUGGAUGAUUGGAGGCAUCUACGCUGCUGCCAUGGCCUGGGCCAUCAUUCCCCACUAUGGCUGGAGUUUCCAGAUGGGCUCAGCCUACCAGUUUCAUAGCUGGCGAGUGUUUGUGCUGGUUUGUGCUUUCCCAUCCGUCGCCGCUAUCGCUGCACUGACCACCAUGCCAGAGAGCCCACGCUUCUUCCUGGAGAACGGGAAACAUGAUGAAGCUUGGAUGAUUCUGAAGCAGGUCCAUGACACCAACAUGAGGGCCAAGGGCUACCCAGAGAGGGUUUUCUCUGUCACCACUAUUAAGACGGUGAAACAGAUGGAUGAGCUGGUUGACAUGGGUGGAGAUGCUACAGCUUGGCACCAGCGCUGGAGGAUCAAGCUGACCAACCUCUUUCAUCAGGUGUGGAGCAACUUCCUGACAGUGUUUAAUCCAGAGUACCGGAGGAUCACCUACAUGAUGAUGGCCGUGUGGUUUUCCAUGUCCUUCAGCUACUAUGGAUUGACUGUUUGGUUCCCCGACAUGAUCAAAUACCUGCAGAAACAAGAAUACUCCUCACGCACAAAGGUCUUCAUCAAAGAGAAAGUGGAGCAUGUGACCUUUAACUUCACCCUGGAGAACCAGAUCCACCGGAAUGGAGAGUACUUCAACAACAAGUUCUUGAAUCUAAAGAUGAAGUCUAUGGUAUUUGAAGACUCCCUGUUUGAGGAAUGCUACUUUGAGGACAUCACAUCAAGCAACACCUUCUUUAAAAACUGCACCUUCAUCUCCACCCUCUUCUACAACACUGACUUGUUCAAGUACCGGCUGAUCAACAGCAAACUCAUCAACAGCACUUUUCUGCAUAACAAAGAGGGCUGUAUGCUGGAUUUCAGUGAUGAGAACAAUGCAUACAUGAUCUACUUCGUCAGCUUCCUUGGCACACUUGCCGUCCUGCCUGGGAACAUCGUGUCUGCUUUGCUCAUGGACAAGAUUGGACGUCUAAGAAUGCUGGCGGGUUCCAGUGUGAUUUCCUGCGUCAGCUGCUUCUUCCUGUCAUUUGGAAACAGUGAAUCUGCUAUGAUCGCCCUGCUCUGUCUAUUUGGGGGCAUCAGCAUUGCGUCGUGGAAUGCCCUGGAUGUGCUAACGGUGGAGCUGUACCCCUCGGACAAAAGAACUACAGCCUUCGGCUUUCUGAACGCCCUCUGUAAGUUAGCUGCAGUUCUGGGCAUCAGCAUCUUCCAGUCGUUUGUGGGCAUCACUAAAGCGGUGCCCAUCCUCUUCGCGUCGGGGGCUUUGGCUGCAGGAAGCUUCUUGGCUCUCAAGCUCCCUGAGACUCGCGGUCAGGUGCUUCAAUAGUGCAGCGUUCCAGCAUGCAGGUGGCGGCGUUUGAGUUUGACCCUGUCCGUGAGUGAGCAAUGCUGGAAGCAGCCGAAAACAAAUCCUACAUUUACAGAUAUCCUCCAAUAUGUGCAAUGGUAUUAUUAUUUCAAUUUAGUUUGAUUUCAUUCAGAUCUACACGUAUAGAUAUGUUCCCUGCUGAUGUCUCACUGUCAGGAAUAUCGGAAACCCAGUGUGUAUGUGUGCGUGUGUAGAAAACUGCCAUGUUAAACACAUUCCAGCUUUACGUUAUGGAACGAAUGUGAAAUUUAACAUGUUCAUUUUGACUUUCCCUUUAAUCUUCAUCCAAGCCAUCACGUGAUUUGAAAACCAUCACUGAGGACCCGUGAAAUCAGUAGGUAGAUAUAUUUGAAUGGACAGUGUUGAUUUAGUGGUGCUGGUGAUGGUUAUUGUUGUUGCUUUACUCUAGUCCGUUGUGUCCCAAAAACGUAAAAAGCGUGCAAUGCCGCAAACGUCUGCAAUAUCGGCUCAAGCACUCCUCACUUUUUAGAUGUUUUAAUGCAUUAACAUUGAUGUCAUUUUUGACUCAUUUUUGGUUUUACUCCAUCUGAAGAAUUAGGUCGUUCUUUCAAAAUGUCUGAUUAUCGACGGUGUUGUGCAUGCAACGAAGCGUGACGAUUCAUAAGAAUAUGCUUGUGAACAUAACUGAUGAAAGUGGUCUGUAUUACCUAUGAUGUAAAAUAUGAGAUAAGUGACAUGAUGGGUUGUCAUUUGUAUGGUUUAGUAUGCCAUUGUUCAUCUUUGAGAUCCAGAGUAGUUUCAGUUGCGUCGCUUUUGAAUGUGCGCAAACAUCGACACGAAGGUUACAUCGCCCCGUUUUCAUACGAAAAAAUCCAUGGGAAAAAACUAAAGGAAAAAAUAAACAAACGAAGCACAAUGUGAUUUGAUUAAACUGUCAAAACAAUAGUUUAUUUUGAUGAUUAUGUAAAUUAUGUAUUGAAUAUAAAUAUAUAAAAAUUAGCUGUAAUUCAAGUCUGUCUGUUUGAACACUCAAACUAUUAUUAAAUAUACAAACAUAUAUAUAUAUAUAAGAAAAGAUAUUUACAUGUUCAAAUGUUGAACUAGUCUCAACAUGUCUUAGAUAGAUUCCAUUUGAUGUAUGUAUAUACAGUUUAUCUGUUCAUUAAGGGAUUUUGUUUUUUUAUCAAAGCAAAUAUAUUAAAAAAUGACUGGACAAGUCAAUCCACUGAUUUGCAGCACACACAAACGCCCUCCUUUAAGUUUUCUCUUGUGUUCUUGUAAAGAAACAGAGGUAUCCGUCUGUGUGUGGGUACGUGUGUAAGUACGGAAGUAUGUGUGCUUGCAUGUGAAACGUUGAGUGUUCUCUGAAUAUUUGUAUUUAUUUAUAUAACUGUUUAUGAGAGUUUGAUUUUAUAGUAUUUUUUACUUUGAGUAUCUGUAGAAACAGAUGUAGUGCCACAUGCAGGGUGAAUUUUUUGCUGUAUCAUUGUUGACCUGAUGUUCAAUUCUUUGGUGACUUGGUAGCAGUAACUGAAUAUAGCAUCAAAAAAAAAAGAAGCGAAAACCCAAUGGAUUUUAAAAAUGAAGCAUUUGAUAGGAAGCAAAAACCAAGGAUAUUCCAUUCUGCUACAUUUUACCAAGCACAAUUAAUACUGGAAAACUGGUAUAAAUAACCAGAUAAUGAAGCAAAAAAUUCUGAGAAGACAAAACCCCAUUUGGCUGGAAGCUAUGUUUCAGCCCUGUUGCUUGUAAACACAGCCAGCGCUUACACAAAAACGUCUUUUGGUGUCAUUCAACGUUCUUUACUGCCAUUUUGUAGGAUAGCAGCCAUAUUAUGUGCUCAGAGUAGACACACAAUACAACCAACCAUUUUUAGAUUUAAAAACACUUCAACCAAAGCGGUUACCGAACUUAAACUAUUAAUUUUAGGCACAAAUAUAAAAUGUUUAUAACAGCCUUACAGCUCAUUUCAAUUGGAGAAAAAGUAGAAACUGCCAUCCCUGCCGUGACCGUCUGUCACCAGUAGUGUCACAGAUGCUGUAGUGACAAUCUUUACGUGUGCCAUGUGUGACCGUGCGCAUCUUUAAUUGCCAAAUAUUUUCUACGUCCUCUGUUUGUAUUGGCAGAUCUCACAUCACGGCAUAGACAAAAAUGUGAUUUGAAAAAAGCAGGAUCCAAGCAGACAAAAGAUUCUGAAAAACAACCGUUUUGAGGCUUACAGACAUAUCUCUCUCAAUCAGGUGUUUUACUAAGAUGGGACGCGCUUAACGCUCUUGCAAACGUUUAAAACGAACCGGAAGCUGGUUGCGAUUUAAAGAAUGCUUGAAAACGCUAACUAUUAAAGAUUUGGUUGGUCAGUAAACUAGAUAAUUGUUUGUACGCACAUAUAUAUAGAACAUCUUCGAUGUCACUGUCAAAACGGCCCAUCGAAAGCAUUUCCAAACGGUCCUGCAGUUUGUAACCCUUCAUAUGGUCGCAUCUCCAACGUGUAGCUGUUGUUCCCUUCAUUGAAUUACGAUGAGUAUGUCAUAAUUGCUGUUGUAUGCUGUGAAUUACAGUAACUAAUCUCAGUGAAGCUAUGACUUAUCUGUGUACAAGCAGUCCUGGAUUUGGUCCUCACUUCAGAUUGUGUACUGGUUGGGUUUUGUUACAGGGUCUUUUGUAUUUCUAAAUGUGUUCACUUAGCAACAAUCAAUCUCGUGUGCAAAAAGAAAUCAAAGCAAUAAGUGGUAAACAUGUUCGCUCUGCCCCCAAACUACUGGGCAAGAAAGCACACUAAAAUAUCCGCUGGCCAUAUUCGAUGAAACAGCAGGCGAAAGAAAACAACAGGCCGACAUCCGUGUACUCUACAAAUAUACCAUAGGUCUUCUGAUGCUUUUGUCAGUUUCAAUGUAUUGCCAUAAUUUAAAUGUGACAGAGAGUUUAUCACCUUAUCAUUGUACUGUGCUGUAGAGGUUGUAGAUGUUUGUAUGUAAAUGAAUAAUUAUGUGGAAUAAUAAAAACAAAAAGAUAAAAAUGUUGAACAUGAGAAAUAGAGUACUAUUGUAUGUUGUUCAUUUUGUGAUUUUUUUGUACAUGAGAAUGGAAAUGUUGACAUUAUCGCUGAAUAUAGAGACUAUUCCAUCCUUACCAAAAUGGUUCUGUAUUACAGUUUGUGAGAGAUUUACUUUGCGUUUUUUGACUCGUAUUCUGGGGAUCGGACUGCGCUUGUGCAGUUAAAACUGUCCCUCAAUGGAUUUAAAACAUACAUACGAAUAAUAAACAAAUGGUAUAAUGCUUGAA